AUGGGAAGAGCUCCUUGUUGUGACAAAGAGAAAGUGAAGAGAGGACCAUGGUCUCCUGAUGAAGAUGCAAAACUCAAGAGUUAUGUUGAAAUUCAUGGCACUGUUGAAAAUUGGAUUUCAUUGCCCCAAAAAGCUGAUCUUAAGAGGUGUGGGAAGAGUUGUCGUCUAAGGUGGAUGAAUUAUCUUAGGCCAAACAUCAAACAUGGAGGCUUUACUGAAGAAGAGGACACCACCAUUUGCACACUCUAUAAUCAAAUUGGUAGUAGAUGGUCUGUUAUAGCAUCAAAACUACAUGGAAGAACAGACAAUGAUGUGAAAAACUAUUGGAACACAAAACUAAAGAAAAAGAUUUUGGCAGGAAAAAUUAAUCUCAAAUCAUUGUCAGGAAAUGACAAUACUACCCCUCCAAUUACUUCACUACCUCAAAAUUCACCAUUGCCAAUUAUGUUAGAAAACAAUCUUGAUGCUAGUUAUGAAUUCAAGAACGGUGAAACAAACAUUGGUUUUGACCAAAUUGUUGAAAAUAACAUUGUUGCCUCUGAAAUUGGUACAAGUAACAACAAUGUUGUCAAUCCUAUGGUGUCCAUGUGUGAAGACUCUUCAAGCAUUGCAAUGAAUGAUAACUUUGUAUCUAUUCAAGAUCAAGCUGCCUAUGAAUCAAUGGAUCCGUUGCUCGAUUUCGAUUUUGGAUUUCAUCAUGAUGAUGAGAGAGUUAGUGAUUUUGCAUCAAGUUGUGGCUUUUCAAAUUGGGUUGAUUUUAGUUAUUCUAACGUUAAACCAAAUUGA